AUGGUUCAAUCAUCUGUCUUAGGUUUCCCCCGUAUCGGUGGACAAAGAGAAUUGAAGAAGGUCACUGAAUCUUACUGGCAAGGUAAGGUAUCUGUUGAAGACUUGUUGAACAAGGGUAAAGAAUUGAGAGCCCACAACUGGAAGUUACAAAAGGAAUCUGGUGUCGACAUCAUUCCAUCUAAUGACUUCUCUUUCUAUGAUCAAGUUUUAGACUUGUCAUUAUUGUUCAAUGUUAUUCCAGACAGAUACACAAAGUUCGGUUUGGCUCCAAUUGAUGUAUUGUUUGCUAUGGGCAGAGGUUUGCAAAGAAAAGCCACUGACUCCACCCCAGCUGUUGACGUUACUGCCUUGGAGAUGGUCAAAUGGUUUGAUUCUAACUACCAUUACGUUAGACCUACUGUCUCUCACUCCACUGAGUUCAAGUUAAACUCCGAUGCCGGAUUAAAACCAGUUGACGAAUAUAACGAAGCAAAGGCUUUAGGUAUUGAAACUAGACCAGUAAUUUUGGGUCCAAUUUCUUACUUGUACUUAGGUAAGUCGGACAAGGAUUCUUUGGAUUUGGAGCCAAUCAGCUUGCUAGAAAAGCUUGUUCCAGUUUACAAAGAAUUAUUGUCUAAAUUAUAUGCUGCCGGUGCUAAAGAAGUUCAAAUCGAUGAGCCUAUCUUAGUUUUGGAUUUGCCAGAAUCAAUUCAAUCCAAAUACAAAGCUACUUAUGAAGCUUUGGUUGGUGAUAAAUUACCAAAGAUUGUCUUAACUACUUAUUUUGGUGAUGUAAGACCAAAUCUCUCAGCUCUCAAAGGAUUACCCGUUUCUGGAUUCCACUUUGACUUUGUCAGAGUUCCUGAACAGUUCGAUGAAGUUGUUUCAGUCGUUGGUGAUGAUCAAACCUUAUCAGUUGGUAUCGUUGAUGGUAGAAACAUUUGGAAAACUGACUUUUCAAAAGCUUCUGCAUUCGUUAACAAGGCCGUGUCCAAGUUGGGUAAGGACAGAGUAAUUGUUUCUACAUCCUCCUCCUUGUUACACACUCCUGUUGACUUGAACAAUGAGAAGAAGUUAGACGCAGUUAUUAAAGAUUGGUUCUCCUUUGCUACUCAAAAGUUGGACGAAGUUGUAACCAUUGCCAAGAAUGUAUCUGGAGAAGAUGUUUCUCAGCAAUUGGCUGCUAACAGUGCUUCCAUUAAGUCAAGAAAAGAAUCAUCAAUCACCACAAAUCCAAAGGUUCAAGAAAGAUUAGCUACCAUCAAUGAAUCUUUGUCCACUAGAAAGGUUCCAUUCCCAGAAAGAUUAGCAGCUCAGAAGAAAAAAUACAACUUGCCAUUGUUCCCAACCACUACUAUUGGUUCUUUCCCUCAAACAAAGGAUAUCAGAAUCAACAGAAACAAGUUUGCUAAGGGUGAAUUAUCAGCAGCUGACUACGAAGCAUUUAUCAACAAGGAGAUUGAAACUGUUGUUAGAUUCCAAGAAGAAAUUGGUUUGGAUGUUUUAGUCCAUGGUGAACCAGAAAGAAAUGAUAUGGUUCAAUAUUUCGGUGAGCAAUUGGAUGGUUUUGCCUUCACUACUAAUGGAUGGGUUCAAUCUUACGGUUCCAGAUAUGUCAGACCACCAAUUGUUGUUGGUGAUGUCUCUAGACCAAAGGCAAUGACUGUAAAGGAAUCAGUCUACGCCCAAUCUAUCACCAAGAAACCAAUGAAAGGUAUGUUGACCGGACCUGUCACAUGUUUAAGGUGGUCUUUCCCAAGAGACGAUGUUUCCCAAAAGGUUCAAGCUUUAGAAUUAGGUUUGGCUUUGAGAGAUGAAGUCCAAGACUUAGAAAAGGCUGGUAUCACUGUCAUUCAAGUCGAUGAGCCUGCUAUUAGAGAAGGUUUGCCAUUGAGAGCUGGUAAAGAGAGAUCUGAUUACUUGAACUGGGCCGCCCAAUCUUUCAGGGUUGCCACCUCAGGUGUCGAGAACUCAACUCAGAUCCACUCCCACUUCUGUUACUCAGAUUUGGAUCCAAACCACAUUAAGGCUUUAGAUGCUGACGUUGUUUCGAUUGAAUUCUCCAAGAAGGACGAUCCAAACUACAUCCAAGAGUUUUCCAACUAUCCUAACCAUAUCGGUUUAGGUUUGUUCGAUAUCCACUCUCCAAGAAUCCCAUCCAAGGAAGAGUUCAUCAACAGAAUUGAAGAAAUUUUGAAAGUGUACCCAGCUAACAAAUUCUGGGUUAACCCUGAUUGUGGUUUAAAGACCAGAGGCUGGGAAGAAGUUAGAGCAUCUUUGACCAAUAUGGUUGAAGCUGCCAAGUACUUCCGUGCUAAGAACUAA